AAAAUCAAUGCGAUCGGUAUCGAUCUCGACAAAGAGCUGAUCGCAAGUCAUUUAUCAAAACAACGAAAAACAUGUUUUUUUAUUCGAUAAUUAUAAUACAUUGGUGGUAAGUGAUUCAGAUGACGUCUGACAGACUCUUUCAAGAUGAAGAAUUUCAAGCUGUGGGUUCAUCAAAAGGCAUUUAGUGAAAAUGAAUUACUGAUCAACCCGAAAGAGUUCCCUGAUGUCAAGAUUGGUGAUAUCCUGGAAAUUUAUCAUCCUGAUGAAGAAAGCAGUCACUUGCUGUUGCAAGUCAAAUCCUUCAAAGAUGAGCUUCAACAGAACAGUAAAGAAAUCAUAAGUGUAGAGCAGGGAGUGGCGUCCCUGUUUCAGCUGAGGGCUUACAAAAAUGUCAAGGUGACCAAGGUUCAGCCUGGAGAUGUGGCCUUAGACCUGGUCGAGUUGGUCUUCAAGGAACAGUACAUCAGCAGGAGUGACAUGUGGAGACUCAAGAACAGUCUUGUGGACACAUGUAUUCACAUCCAGCAGAAGUUAGAACUGAGUGGGAUCCGUGCCCAGGUCCAGGAACUCUGGUCUCGUUGGGAGAGGGUGUCCUGCGGAGCCAUCACCAACGAUACAAGGGUAGCCUUCAGAUCAGCCACAGCCAUGGUCUAUCUCUUCAUUCAGAUGAGCUCAGAGAUGUGGGACUUUGAUACAUGUGGUGACCUUUACUGGGAGAAGGCUGUCGGUGGAUUCCUGACAGAUCUCUUUAACAAAUGGAGAGAUAAAGGGGUCAACAAUGAGGCCACUGUGGUUCUCUUCUCUCGUACAUUCUUCAAAGCUAAGUCACUUGACCAGUUCCCCAAGUGGAUGCGAGACAAUGUGAAGGUUGACUACGCCGGUCGGUUCUACCAAGAUUUCUAUCGUGCCGUCGUCCAUCACGAGAGAAGAGAUGAAUGGCAUGGGCUACUCCAGACACUCAAGGCUCACUUUAUCGUCUACCUCAAAGAAGUCUUAUGUGAAACUCAAGAAAGUGGACAAAUACCCCCAGGCUACAACUCAUCAGCUGCAGAAGGAAACUUCUUGGAAACUCUAAACAUGACUCUCAAUGUGUUUGACAAGCAUUAUGUUGACCGUAACUUUGAGCGCACCGGUCAGCUGGUCGUGUUACUGACCCCGGGAGCUGGAGUCUUUGAUGUCGACAGGGAAAUGUGCAAAAUCACCAGACAGAGAAUGAUUGAUAAUGGUAUCGGCAGUGAUCUAGUAUGUCUAGCUGAACAGCCUCUACAUGCAGUGCCUCUGUUUAGGUUCCAUAACAAGACCAAAGAUGUGCAUGUCCAGAGAGGAGACUACAACAUCCCUCACUGGCUCAACUACAGCUUCUACACCAAAGAGGGUGUACAUGGCAUUAAUGAUAAAUUCAAACCAAGAAUCAAGCUAGCAGAGAAGAUAUACACAUCUCAGAAUGGAGACCCCCUCCCCACCCUAGUCAAGUGCUGCCCGCAGGUGAUGAGCAGACACGCCCUGCUGCGUCACAUCUCCUCCGACCACUCCCUCCCCAAACCGGACGAUAUAGACUACCAGUGUGAGGAGUAUGAUGAGGGUGUUUUCGGUGUCCUCAGUGGCAAGUCACCCAAACCUAGGACACCAGCUUCUAUGCGUCCAUCGUCAGGUGGUCAGCAUCGUCAACGGCAACCUGGAUCGGUAGGCCAUGUGACUUUUGACAAGCAGGGAUCACCUCAGAACAAAUGGACCAAGCCAGACGUGAUAGAUCCAGGUAGAAGGAAUAGCUCCCCUAGUGCCAAGCAGGGAAGCUACCAUUCAGAGGAUGGGGAUGUUGCAAUAGCCAUUCCAGGGAGGGGCAAUAAAGCCAACCCACUUGCCAGAAUCCAAAGAGAAGCCAACGUGAUCAGCCAUAGUUUUGAAGCAAGACGUAGAGACUCUUCGGAGAGCACUACCGCCUCGACCUCUCCCAAGGGCAUCGUGGUGGGCAGCGCCGGGGCUACCACUGCCCAUUUCAACCAAGCCGGUCAGGGCCAGCCAAGGGCAUUGGUCAAUCCUUUCGGAACAUCUAGCUUGGUGGUCAAGCUGACCUCUAACAGACGCAGGUGGACACACACCUUUCCACAGGGCCCAAGCGGGGGCGCCAUACAAACCCACCAUCGUAACCAGAUCACUCCGUCCUACUACUUCUCCCAUUACUAUCCGUCCAAUUCCUCCAACCCCUACCACCAACGAAACUCCAGCACCCUAGGGUCCUCCCCCUCCAGCCCCCACUACCACUGGGCUGGCCCCGUCAUCAACGGGGGCGGGGCACGCACCCCUACCGAUGGCACCGAGAGGCCGUCGUUACCGCGUAGUGCCAGUGAGAAUCGACUCCGCCCCUCUGCUAGCGGAAGCAGUCUUUUCAGCACUGGUUCUUCUCCGAGUACAGACACAGUCUUGCAGAGGCCUGGCAGCGCAGGCACACGCGGUCUGUUGGAUGGGCCAGGCUCCCUGGAUCAUCUCAUGCAGCAGCAUCCUUCACUACGAAGGCUCAAUAUCCUGUGGAGCUUAACGGGCAAUCAGGAGUGGACCCCGUACACCCUGACAGGUGCAAUGCUUGCCCCCCUCCUCUAUCUCUCUCUUGCCCCCCUCCCCUUUCAAACUCGUGUCGACUGGAAGUCACUGACUGCCACAGCAUGUCUGCCAGUGUCCACAGACUUCUAUCCUGAUCGGUUAUCCUUGGAAAGGGACUUCCUGGAGUUCAACUAUGAGCUCUUAGCGGAGGAGGACAUCAUUGGUCCUUUUAUGACAGUGGAAGCCAUAUUCCAAGAGCUUAUAUCCCAAAGACUCCUACAGGGUUUCCAGUUGGUGGUUCUACCCAGCCUCGACUUAUCAUCUGUUACCAGGAGCCAACGUCAUCCUCCAUUGAUCACUAAUCCAGAAAAGAAGGAGUAUGUGCUGAGUAUUGGUCGUAUCUUCCACAAGCUAUGCCUGCAUCUCGAGAGGAAGACUAUUACAGUCACGAUCUAUAAACCAAGGCAUCCGUCCCUGUGUGAACCCAUCCAGUACACCUACCAGCUCUGGUCCGUACAGAAUGAAGGCUACUCACCCAUUCAGACCACAUUCAGACACGAGGAGAUAGAGAGAUACAACUGGAACUAUCUGGAUAACUACAUCUCUUCGCACGACAAUGAAUUCUCACUGGUAGAUUCCUUGAAAUUCUGGAGGUCCCGCUUUUUGCUGAUCCCCAACACGCCCGUGCUGGUGAAGCGUUUUGCAGACGAGCACGGGAUCAGCACGACAGAGGCAGUGUCAUGUGACAGGGACCACGCCUUCAGACAAUACCAGACCGAUGCGUUCCUGAGAUUUGUUGAGAUCCUCAAUGGUAUCCGCAGGCAGACGAGUACAUCAAGAGGUCCAAAGGCUUCUUCUGGUCGCCAGACACCCAUCGCAGGGGACCUGACACACCCUGGUAGUAGGUCCUCCCCGGUGCCUGAUAGACAGAGACAUGCUAGUGGGACUGGUAGCCCAGCGCCACACCCUCCUAAUGCACCUGCUGUCGCCACUACCAGUGAAGAAUCCCUUACAAUAUGCACUCCACUACAAGUCAUUGCUAAGGCUAUGGCUGAUCCAAGUAAAGGGUUGAGGUUCAUUGCCCCUGGACAGAAAGGGGUCCCCCCAAACUGCUUCAUGUCUGGUGAGGCUAUGACCUGGGUUCAGAGGUCAUUCAGCGACGAGGUCACCGAUGUAGAAGCUUUUGAUCUGUUGAAGAACAUGUCAGAUAACAGGUUGAUCCAGCAUGCAUCCGGCUUACCUCACAUCCCCUUCCUCCACGGCUUCUACGUCUACUGCUUGAUGCUUCCAGAGAAUGUACCUCCCUUUUCGGAUGCAACCAAAUCACACUUGUGGUGUGACUACAUCCCUCAGCUUCCCAUCAACAAUGACUUCACUAGCCACUGGUUUGAGGUUGCUGUGAUGGAGGAGUUGUCAUGGAAACAGAAUGCCAAUGAGAUGCCUUGCAGUGGUGUAGAUAAGGACUUCCAUCCCAUAUCGCCGUGGAGCAUGCGUGAGAUGUCGGGUAGCACGCCCGGCUUUGGAUCUGCGCCUUCUAGUAGUCGAGCGUUUAAGCCCCAAGAGAUCAGGAACGUCAUGCUGGAGAUCGACUGUAAUAAGACGGACCGUGUAGAGUGGUGUCAUGUGACUUAUGAUGGUCAGUACAGUGUGGAUCGGGCGUUCGAUCUCCAGGUGGAGUGGCUAGUCUGCACCCCCAGCCUCUUGAAUGAAAUGGUAAGCAUUUGUAACCAAACACCUAUGUGUAUGUACAUGUAUAGAUCAUCCUAUUGCAUCAUAAGACUUCAAGGCUGGUCGAGAAAGGCCAACACGUUCGGCUACCACCUCGUCCCCGCCCCCACCGACCCCUUCCACCAGCACCCCGAGUUUGCCAACCCCCUGCGCUGCCCCCUCUUCAUACCCCUCGAUAUCCAGUCCCUCAAGGACGACGUGAACCGGAGGCACAUCGGUGGUGAGAUGCUGGAUGAGGAGGGCGUCGCCGGGGGUGGUGGAAGCUGGUUGGGCCUGGAACCGGGGAACAAAGCCAUAGACCUCUUCCAAGAACUCAUCAUGAAAAAGUUUGGUUUUACCUUGAUACGUGAUAAGGGGCGUGGCACCUUUGACGGGUUUGGCUUCCAUUCCAGUAGGCGUGGUCACCAGAUGGAAUACAUCCACAAAUCAGGAGUAUGCUUCGUCUCUCUCAUCAACUCCCCGGACGAGACUCCCGUCAUCCCCUCCGUGACCCCAACGGGCCAGGGUCGAAGUUCACCCUGCGAGGUCGUGAAGGCCCCUCGACGGAGAAAUUCCAGCGGCGGCAUCCCCAUCAUGGUGGGACGCGACAGCAGCUUCGACAUCGUCGACACCAUGGACGACGACGAGCCUGACGUCGCGUUCACGGAAGAGAGGAGGACGAUGCGGAGUGGGAGCAUCAGGGAGGUUCGCGAGAAGCACGUGGAUGGCCGGUUCGACAACGUAGGUUUCCUCUGGUCCAUGAACCACAUGCUGACCAAGCGAUGGCGCUGUAGCGCUUGCGGGGACGAGAAAGUGUAUGACAGUAUUAUGAGAGAGGUGAUCAGCAUGAGUCGGAAUGUAAAGGGUAAGCUGACAGAUUUCUGGCUUGAGAAUACAGAGACUCUGACAUUUUGAUCCUUUAUCCUGGGAAGAACGCUGUUUAUUUGACAAUGUGGACAAUAUGCUUGAAUAUAUUUUUAUCUACAAAGCUAUAAAAGAAUAAGCAUGUGUCCAUAGAUUCCCAGUGCCAGGAAGCCAAUCGCCAUGUACUUUCCACAGAGCUGGAUAAUGUAAAAUCUAACUAAAGUUUCACCUAAGGUUUACUGGUUCUAGGACUGGAGCUUUAACCUAAAUACUAAAAAUCUAAUGCUGACAUACAAGUAUACAAAUGUACUGAUGGUUGUUUAAGAUCCCUGUAAACUCUCUGACAUUUUAUUACUAUUCAAUAUGCAAAAACAUGAUGAAUACAUCAUACAAGGCUGUCAUAUUUCAAUACUAUGUAGAGGUGUCGGGGUGCAGUGGAUAUGUCACCGGACUGUCGAUCACAAGGUGUGCGGUUCGAUUCCUGCCGCAUCACUAAUAUCCUUUGGCAAGACAUGGUGAUGUAAAUGGGUACCUGGCAGGAAUUAAUUCCUUGAAAUGCUAGAGCGCCACAAUGGCAGCUGUGCUAAAGCUAGGGUUAUAAUCUCCCUCUGCGACUCAAAAUAGUUUACUAGACCAAUGGCGCAUGAUAAAUGCUGUAGUAUUACUUUGAGCCAUCUCCAAGAACAUACUCUGUAUGUAAUGUCUUAUUUCUAAGGACAUCUGUAUUGUGCAGAGAUUUGAACCCUCUACCUGACAGCUAAAUGAAUGAACCACCGUACCUCAGUGCCUACCGGUAAUCUUGACUUUAGCCCAUAUUCGUUUGGACACAACUUUAAACGUAUGUUUGGAUUCAAAUUUGGACAGGAGUUGAAACAUAAAUUAGGACACAAAUUGCAAUCACAGUUGGACUUUGUUUGUAAAGAUAGAACCAUAGGAGUUAUUUUCAGAAUUCGUACAUGUAUAUGAUUAGCCAUAAUAAAUACAAUUUUAUAAUAGUAUGUAUAAGAAAUUUUAACAUAACAAGAGAUUCAUGAUAAUUUUGAAUGGUUUAUAAACCUCUGUGUGUCUUUGAUUUGUAACCUUUUUUUUAGAAAUCACAUGAAACAAAGUUGAAGCAAGUGUUCCUGUUAUUCAUACCAAAUAUGAUGUAUGUGCAUGAAUGUUGGAGUGCAAUUAUCAAAACAUUAAAAACAGUAAAUAUUGCUUGUUUUGCGUGCAUAUUUCUGAUGUGCACACUUACACAUUUUUUUUUGUCUUGUCUUCCUGCAUCUUGAAUAAGUUGAAAUUCAAAUUAUCAAAUUAUCACUUUUUGUGUACAGAUAA